CUCACUACAGUUUCCAGCUAGCACCAUUACAGCACUAGAAGCAUUUGUACUUUACCCUUUCCAUCAUCAGCAUGAGUCUUCCACGAAAAGCAGUCAGUGUGCAUGGUUACGGGGGUAGAAUGCAGGUGUCAGCAAUGAGACCCUUAGCUGCUGCAGGUGGUGGAGGAUACAGAGCUAGUUCUGGAGGCAGCACCAGCUAUUCAUUUAGCAGUGGUGGUGGUGGUUCUGGCUUUAGUGGUGGUGGUGGUUCCGGCUUUAGUGGUGGUGCUGCAUAUGGUGGUGCUGGCUUUGGCGGUAGUAAUGCAUUUGGUGGUGGUGGUGGUGGCUUUAGUGGUAGUGGCUUUGCUGGAAGUUUUGGUUCAUCUGCAGGUGGUGGUUGUGAAGAAUUAUUUUUUGGUGCAAAUGAGAAAAUUACCAUGCAGGGCCUGAAUGAGCGCCUUGCCAACUAUUUAGACAAAGUGCGCUCACUGGAGGAAGAAAACCGCAAUUUUGAGGUGAAGAUCAAAGAGUGGUGUAGUCAGGGGAUAGGAGGAGAUAGGGAACAUGCUGGCCGUGACUACAGCCCUUUAGAGAAUGAAAUCCAAGAACUUCAAAGUAAGCUUAUUAAUGCAACAAUGGAUAAUUCCAAUCUCAUUCUACAGAUUGAUAAUGCCAAGCUUGCUGCAGAUGAUUUCAGACUCAAGUUUGAAAAUGAAUUGUCUAUGCGCCAAGGAGUUGAAGCUGAUAUUGCUGGACUUCGCCGAGUCUUGGAUGAGCUUACCCUUUCCAAAUCAGACUAUGAGAUGCAGAUUGAAAGCAUUAGGGAAGAACUGGCAUACCUCAACAAGUGUCAUGACGAGGACAUGAAGGCUGCCAGCAGCGGCAUUGCUGGUCAGGUUAAUGUUGAGCUUGACGCUGCCCCUGGUCCUAACCUCAUGGAUGAAAUGGAUGCAUGCAGGAAAGAAUACGAAGCAAUGGUUGACAAAAUCCGGCGGGAUGCUGAGAAAUGGUACAAUGAAAAGGCUAAAGAUAUAACCCAGAGUGUUGCCAGUGACACAGAAGCUAUUUCAUCAUUCAAGAGUGAGAUAUCUGAUUUGAGGCGUACUAUACAAAGUCUUGAAAUUGAGCUCCAGACUCAGAUUGGCAGGAAAGGUUCCUUGGAAUCAAAUUUGGCAGAAACAGAAGGUCGUUAUGGAAUGAUGAUUCAGGAAAUACAGAUGAAGAUCUCUGCUUUGGAGGAUCAGCUUGCUAACCUGCGAUCACAGAUGGAAUACCAGAGUCAGGAGUACCAGAUGCUUCUGGGUGUAAAACAACAACUGGAACAGGAGAUUGAGACCUACCGCAUCUUGCUGGAAGGCGAAGACUCAAGGCAUAAGUCUUCUGGCCAUGGAGGCUCCUCUUCUCAUGGGUCUAGUUCUAGCAGUCAAGUUAUAACUAGAAAAACAGAAACACGUAAGGCAGUGGAACCAGACCCAGUCAAAGAACCGUUAGUAACAAGGAAAGUGAAGACUAUUGUUGAAACUGUGGUUGAUGGUGUUGUCCAAAAAACUGAAGUCCAGGAGCUUGAAGCUCCAGUAACUAAAAGAUAAGCUUGUUAUUAAACAUAAGAAGUGAAAUUGCAUAUGUAAAGUGAAAUAUGAGAAAGUAAUGCUUGGCUUCAGGUUUCUUGUCUUUUACAAAGUUUUAUGUUUUUUUUUUAUGAUCAGGUAUUUACAGCCAGCAGAAGACUAAUCACAUAAUUUAAGGCCUAGGUUUCCAUUUUGUAGAAAUGUACAAAUACUAUAUAGAAUUAGUUUUUCAUAAAAAGUGCCUUGUCUCUUUUUAUUCAUAAAAAAAUAAAAGACAAGCAGUGAACACAGUGAGACAUCUCAUAUACCUGCUUAACAGCUGUAGUCAAGACUAAUAGACACAUGGACACAUAAAUGACAGACCCAUAGAACUAUAUUCUAUACACUUGGCAAUUUGGCAAUACAUGCUUUUGCCCACAAAAUGAAGAUUUUAACUUUUAAAGAAAAAAAGAAAACUUCAGAAAACAUUUGGUUGGAAAUUAGAAUAUUAAAUUUCAAAAGACAUCACCAAAAAAUCUGCUGGUUGUACCCUAUAUAACUGUUUAAACUUAGCUAGAAGUCAUAAUCAGACCUCUGGAACCACUGCCAUAAAUAUGACAAGCAUUUAUAACUCCAUAGUAGGUAUCAAUACACAAAAUCUAGAAACAGUCAAAUGCAAAGCAUUGUUCAAGAUAUUCCAUGUAGUAAUAAAGAAUUGAAUGUGUCACAAUUCGUUUCUCACUGGAAUAUUAAGAAAUGAGAGUGGUUUCUUGGAGUUCUAAUUGCAAUUCAUUUAAGGAAACUAGCUGUAUUUGUUAAAAAAAUGGAAAGAGGGUUUACAAUUUUUGUGUUGCUUUCUGUGUGGCCUUAAAUGUCAUUACAAUAUCGUAAAUGUCCUGAUUUAGGAAAAUAUAACUUUUUCAAGCAAAUAAACUCUUUUUCUGAAACUUU